AUGUCGAUAAAAAAACUUGACCCUGAUGUCAUUAAUAAAAUUGCUGCCGGAGAAAUUAUCAUUUCACCAACAAACGCCUUAAAAGAGUUAAUUGAAAAUUCAAUAGAUGCAUCAUCAAAAUCUAUUGAUAUUUCAAUACAAAAUAAUGGCUUUAAAAUAUUACAAAUUUCAGAUGACGGAUCGGGAAUUAAAAAAGAGGAUUAUCCUAUAUUAUGUCAUCGUUUUACCACUUCCAAAAUUACCAAGUUUGAAGAUCUAAGUGAAAUUGAUACUUUUGGUUUUAGAGGUGAAGCUCUAUCUAGUAUCUCACAUAUAGCACAUUUGUCAGUUACUUCAAAACGUAGAAAUGAAGAUCUAGCAUGGAAAUGUCAAUUUGAAAGAGGUCAAAUGAUUGAUGAAACAUUAAAACCAAGCGCCGGUAACCAGGGGACAACUAUCACCGUAUCGGAUUUAUUUUAUAAUGUUCCCAGUAGAUUGAGAAGCUUAAGACAGAAGGAUGAAUUUAAUAAAAUUUUUGAUGUUAUUGGUAAAUAUGCAAUCAAUAAUCCAGGUAUUGCAUUUUCCUUGAGAAAAAUUGGCGAUUCUAGAAUUGCUUUGGUCAUUAAAAAGGAUCUAAACAUUAAAGACAGGAUUAGAACUAUAUAUACUAGUAUUGUUUCAAACGAUUUAAUAGAUUUUAAUAUAAAUGUAUCAGCUGAGGAUACUGAUGAUUAUGGAAAGAUUGGAUUUAUUAGUUGUUCAGGGAUGGUUGCUAACUUGAAUUAUUCAAACCAAGUCAAAAGGAAUAUUCAGCCAAUUUUUUUCAUUAAUAAUAGACUAGUUACGUGUGAUCCUUUGAAAAGAUCAAUUGAUCAAACAUAUUCCUCAUAUCUUCCUAGAGGGGCAUCCAGACCCUUUGUGUAUUUAAAUAUUAAACUAAAUCCCCGUAUUUUAGAUGUAAAUGUUCAUCCUACUAAAAGCGAAGUUAGAUUUUUACAUGAAGAGGAAAUAAUAAAUAUUAUUACUUUGAGAUUACAUGAAUUUUUAUCCAAAUUAGACUCCUCGAGAACAUUUAAAGCCAACACAUUCAGUGCUAGUCAGAUGAAUUCAGCUUCUACCCCUUCAUCAAACAAGCAUAAAAAUAUAUUGAACAGUAGCCUAAAGCGCCAAGAAAGCAAAUUGGUGCGUAUUGAUUCAGAACAAGCUAGAAUCACCAGUUUUAUGAGCCAGAAAAAUGUUUCUUUAGAUACUGAUAAAUUACCAACUGAUGCCGAUGGCAAUCCAAAUUCUAGUUUCAUUGAGGGUAAAGAUGAUGUAUAUAUUAAUAACGAAAGAGAAGUUACUAAAGUUGAAUUAACGAGUAUUCAGACAUUAAAACAAUUAGUCGACGAAAAUUCACACUACGAUCUAACAAAUAUUUUUGCAAAUUUAACUUAUAUUGGUGUUAUUGAUUACACAAAACGAUUGGCAGCUAUCCAAUAUGAUCUAAAAUUAUUUAUGGUGGAUUAUGGUGCUGUUUGUUAUGAACUUUUUUAUCAAAUAGGCUUGUCGGAUUUUGCCAACUAUGGUAAAAUAUAUUUGAACAAAAGCGGAAACGGAUUAAAUAUCAAAGAAAUUUUAUCCCCUAUCAAAUCGGCCAAUGAUGCACAAAUUAAAAGUAUAUGCGAAAAACUGUUAGAUAUGAAAGAUAUGUUAUAUGAAUAUUUCUCGAUUGAAAUCGAAAAAAUUGAUGAUGAGUGUAUCCAUAUCAAAACACUACCUAUGCUUCUAUUAAAAUACAAGCCGCCCAUAAAUAAGUUACCAUUAUUCAUUUAUAGAUUAGGGACAAGAGUUGAUUGGAAUGAAGAACAAGCUUGCUUAGACGGAAUUUUAAAACAGAUUGCCUUAUUAUACAUUCCAGAAAUAAUAGAAGAAAACGGAGAACACACUGAUUUAAAUAACACUUUAGAAAAAGUUAUUUUCCCCUGCAUUAAAAAAAGGUUACUAGCUCCUAAAAGUUUGUUACGGGAUAUAGUUGAAAUAGCAAAUCUUCCUGGGUUAUAUAAAAUCUUUGAAAGGUGUUAG